GCGAGGAGGAGCAGAGAGGGGCGGGGGCCGGGGAGCGGGGAUGAGCCCGCCCGUGUUGGGAACCGGAGGUCGACGAGAGGGUCCUUGGGUCGAGAGCCUCGAUGCGGCCAAAAGGGAGUCCGUCUAGGUUCCCGAGGCGCGGCCGGGCCGACCUAGGAGGAAGGGGAGCGAGACACCGCCUCCGCUGGCGCCUGGAAGCGUCGCUCCUUCUCGCUGACCUUGGUCUCGCUUGUCGCCUCGCCCUUUCCACGCGCACUGACGGAGACAGGGCCCGGGAGGUCGACAGGCAGACCCCUGCUCACAGGGGGACCCAGGACGCGAGGACACAAGCUGUCCCAGCCCGUCCCGCCGGCUCCAGGGCGCCGGGUCCCCCCUCUCCCCAACCCCGGGGCCAUCCCGCCCAGGGUUAAUGCCAACGAGUUUCCACCUCCAUGUGCUCCUAGAGAGGCCGCGGCGCUAGCCAGCGGGGGAACUGGCCGCGGACGGACACUUCCUGUGCUGGGGGAGGGGGUCGGAGCCGCAGCCUAAUCGGGGCUGGGGGCCGGACGGCGGGGUCGCGGGCGGGGAGCGGCGGCCGGGGCUGCAGGGCGAGUAGUGAGGCCCCUCGUCUCCGAGGUCUACGCGUGGGGUCCGCGAGGGCCCGGGGACGAGGCCGGACCUUGGGAGGGGGCGGGGCCGCGGGAGGGGAGGGGCCCGGCGGGCGGGAGAGGCCCAGGGUCAAGGCGUCUGGUCUCCGGCCCGGCCCGGGGCUGGGCAGCCGGAUCCCCUGGGCGGUGCUGAGAGGGCGAGUGCGAGGCCUCGGGGCUGAGGGCACUCAGGUCGGGUCGCAGGAUCGGCCGCCGCAUUGGGGAUGGAGCGAGAAGCGUCGCCGCGGGGCCUCGAGCCCCAGGAUGUGCGAAGUCCUGAUGAAAUAGGGAGCCCCGGAGAGUCCCUCAAAGGCAACACGAGUGAGAAUGAGGAAGAGGAAAUUUCUCAGCAAGAAGGCAAUGGAGACUAUGAAGUUGAAGAGAUACCUUUUGGGCUUGACCCCCAAAGCCCUGGGUUCGAGCCACAAAGCCCAGAGUUUGAAUCCCAAAGCCCCAGGUUUGAGCCUGAAAGCCCAGGGUUUGAGUCCCGAAGCCCUGGAUUUGUGCCCCCAAGCCCUGAAUUUGCACCCAGAAGCCCUGAGUCAGAUCCUCAGAGCCCUGACUUUGGACCCCAGAGCCCUAGGUAUGAACCCCAAAGCCCUGGCUAUGACCCCAGGAGCCCUGGGUAUGAACCCAAGAGCCCUGGCUAUGACCCCAAGAGCCCAGAGUAUGUGUCCCGGAGCCCUGAUUUUGAGUCUCAGAGCUCCAGGUAUGAAUCCCAGGACCUGGGGUAUGAACCCCCAAACCCUGGAAUUGAAGCUCAGAAUCCUGAGUUCAAAACUCAAAGCCCCGAAUUUGAAUCUCAGAGUUCCAAAUUCCAGGAAGGUGCUGAGAUGCUUCUGAACCCUGAGGAAAAGAAUCCCUUGAGCAUCCCCCUAGGAGUUCACCCCCUGGACUCCUUCACUCAGGGUUUUGGGGAGCAGGCCACAGGGGCCCUGCCCCUGGGGCCACCCUUUGAGAUGCCUACAGGGGCCCUACUGUCGUCACCCCAGUUUGAGAUGCUCCAGAAUCCCCUGGGCUUGACAGGGACCCUCCGGGGUGCAGGCCGGCGGGGUGGCAGGGCCAGGGGUGGCCAGGGCCCCCGGCCUAACAUCUGCGGCAUCUGCGGGAAGAGCUUCGGCCGUGGCUCCACCCUGAUCCAGCACCAGCGCAUCCACACGGGCGAGAAGCCCUACAAGUGUGAGGCCUGCGGCAAGGCCUUCUCCCAGAGCUCCGACCUCAUUAAGCACCAGCGCACGCACACUGGCGAGCGGCCCUACAAGUGCCCGCGCUGCGGCAAGGCCUUCGCCGACAGCUCCUACCUGCUUCGCCACCAGCGCACCCACUCUGGCCAGAAGCCCUACAAGUGCCCGCACUGCGGCAAGGCCUUCGGCGACAGCUCCUACCUCCUUCGGCACCAGCGCACCCACAGCCACGAGCGGCCCUACAGCUGCCCCGAGUGCGGCAAGUGCUACAGCCAGAACUCGUCCCUGCGCAGCCACCAGAGGGUGCACACGGGGCAGAGGCCCUUCAGCUGCGGCAUCUGCGGCAAGAGCUUCUCGCAGCGCUCCGCACUCAUCCCCCACGCGCGCAGCCACGCCCGGGAGAAGCCCUUCAAGUGCCCGGAGUGCGGCAAGCGCUUCGGCCAGAGCUCCGUGCUGGCCAUCCACGCUCGCACGCACCUGCCGGGCCGCACCUACAGCUGCCCCGACUGCGGCAAGACCUUCAACCGCUCGUCCACGCUGAUCCAGCACCAGCGCUCGCACACGGGCGAGCGGCCCUACAGGUGCGCCGUGUGCGGCAAGGGCUUCUGCCGCUCCUCCACGCUGCUGCAGCACCACCGCGUGCACAGUGGCGAGCGGCCCUACAAGUGCGAUGACUGCGGCAAGGCCUUCUCCCAGAGCUCCGACCUCAUCCGCCACCAGCGCACCCACGCCGCCGGCCGCCGCUGACCGCCGCUGACCGGGCCGGGGCUGCAGAGGCCACGGAGAGGACGGCGAAGAGCCGAGGGGCGGGUGGUGGGCGUUCGAGAAGGGCCGGGUGCAGGCAGUCACGCCCGGAGACUCGUGGGAAAUGGGCUGUGGAGAGGGUUGGAGGGCGGCCAGGCCGGCGGCGGCAGCCUGGGAGAGCCCGAGGUCAGCAGGGAGCUGGCGCCGCAGGCCUGGGUGGCUCCCGGCCUGGCGAGUGCUGGAUGGGGCGGGGGAGGGCAGGGAGGGCCAAGCAGCGGGUAGCUUAGCUGGGCAGGUGCCAGCCCCUGGCUGUCAGGAGGGAGAGGGUAGUAGAGUGAGGGUGGAGCUCCUGAAUCUGAUUCAAUAAAAAUCUUCAUGUGGUAAGAGACUUGUCCUUA